AUGAAAGUGUUAAUUGCCUAUCCAUUUCCAAGUGUUUCAAACAAUUUCGGAGAUAAGCUUUGGAAAUAUAUACCAAAUUUAGAUGAAGAUGGCUUACAGGCUGAAAUAGCGACAUAUAAACCAGACUCAGUUAUUGUUGGUAACAAUGUUGUUAAUGCAGAAACACUUCAAAAAUGGCGAACUGCAAUGGGAUCAUUGGCAACACUGAGUAUUAUUCGUCGUAGUUCAAGUAAGUCUGAUAUCGACAUAAAAAAGGCUGAUAGUCUAAAUAUUAAUCAUUAUCGAACACUAAGUGUUAAUGCACCUACAUUAUCGGCUGUUAUUGGAUGUGGUGCAACUGGACGACGUGUUAUUGAACGAUUAAUUCGUGAAGGACAUACGGUUAAGGUUUAUAGUCCAUCGUUAGCUAAUUGUUCGUGUGAAGAAGAACAAGAAAAUGUUGCCAAAUCGAAAGGACUAGCGCAUCAUGAACGAAUAUAUUUUGCUAGUUCGCUCGAAGAAGCAGUUAAAAAUGUUAAUUAUAUUGCUAUUGCUAUUGAUGCUACACAGGUGGUGGCUACUGGUGAACUAUCAAUAUUAUUUGAUAGUCAUUACCGUGACGUCAAACAUUUACUUGAUCGAAUUCCACCUGAUAAUAAAACUUUCGAAGUACGUUCAAAUGCAAUGUACAAUUUUGGAUGCCAACAAGCCAUAGACCAAGCUGCUCUCAUCGUUUUAGCGUCUAUUAUUGUUGAACAGACCAUAGAUACAAGGAUUAAUUUUCGACAAGUACCUGGACCACAGGAACAUAUAAUUAUUGUUGGACUUGUGUCAGCAUUAUUACUGAGCCAAAGAGGAUAUCGAGUAACUAUUGUAGAUUCCCAUGAAAAGCCAUUAGUAGGACGAUUAAUCAGUGAUAAUUUUAGACAUGCCACUACCACUGAAAGCAUCACACAUCAUAUCCAAUUGUGUCAUUCACCUCAGGUUCACUUAGGCACUGAACCAGGGAUCCCAGAUCGUCUGAUUUUAGCAGAAAAAGUCUUAUUUUGA